AUGUUUAAGAGGCCCCCGCGGAACUUCCGGGGCCGCCAGAGAGUCGCAUCCAGCUGUAGCAGCAGCAGUAGUGAAGGGGAGCCGGAGCAUGGAGGGGAGCAGGGCACUGGCUCUGAGGCGGACCAGGGCGAUGAGGAGCAGGAGCAGGGCCCUGCCAGUCCAGCCGCCGAGAGGCAGCCGCCCACAGAGGGGCCAGCAGGGGACAUUAGGGGUCAGGAGGAAGAGGAGGAUGGCGGCGGCGGCGGAGUGCCCCGAGGGGCAAACCCCAGAGCGGGGCAGGCGCGGGGAGAGAUGGCCCUGCUGAGCUUCGGCGCCGACGAGGAGCGAGAUGAGGGUGAGGAACUCUUUAAAAUAAAGAAACCAUCUCUUAACACAAUAACAUUUAGAAUGCAAAAGAAAGAAAACCCACACUCUGCAGUCAGAGAAGCUGAAAGAAGCAAAGAAAUCUUCCAAUCGGAGUCUAGAAUAAUUAACACUACUGAUACAUGUGAGACAGAGGAGGAGGAUGAGCACUACUCAUCAGCCAGUGAAGAUUACAAUAGUUCAGCCUCUGAAACUCAAUCCAGCCCUCCACAGAAAAGGAAGGAUUUAUCAGCAGGUAAUAUACCUGAUGCAGCUUAUAUCCAGGUUGCUUGUAGGAAACGUCAGUUGGCCAGGACUCAGGGUGACUAUAUUCCACUGGACACAUCACAUCGUGCUCCAGUCUCUCAGAAAAAAGCAUGCAGUGAUACAGAGAGUGAGGAUGACUCUGAUCAUGACACGAUUCUCCACUUCGCUCCCAAAACAAAAACUCUUAGGCAGAGGAUGGCUGAAUAUAUAGUACCCAAGAGUGAUGGAGCAAGUGAAGAUGAUGAAAUACAAAACAUGUGGGAAGAACAGCAACUAAAGAAAGCAGUCAGACUCCCACAGGGAAUUAAUGUAGACACUUCUCUACAUAAAUCUCAGCCCAUGAAAAUAAAGUUUGAUCCCUCUGUUUCACUGCCACCUGUGAACCUGGAAAUUGUAAAGAAGCGUCUGAAUACAAGAAUAACAUCAUUACAGGACCUUCAUCGUGCUCACCAGAGGGAGCACGAAAAAUAUACACAGGACAUUGAAAGCUCAAAGAGUACCAUCCAGGAGUUAGAAAGGUCUUCAAAUGCAGCUCUGAAUUACAAAUUCUACAGGGCUAUGAAAACUUACAUGGAAAGCCUUAUAGACUGUUUGAAUGAAAAGCUACUUCAUAUUAAUGAACUGGAGUCAGCUAUGCAGAUGCUACUUCAACAACAAGCCAUAACUCUCUUGAAACGUAGGCAAGAGGAUCUGAAAAAUGAAUCUGCUUAUGUUCAGCUGCUAUCAAGAAAGAAUGGCAAGUCAACUGAUGACAGCUUGGAAGAUGAUGAAAAAACAAAGCAGCUCCUGGAAGAGUGUGUGGCUCGAAGGACAUGCAGAAGGCAAGCAAGAGAGAGUUUGGGGAAAUCUGAUCACCAUGAGGGCAUGUCCAGUGAUGAUGAGCUGUCUGCAGCAGAGAUGACUGAUUUCCAGAAAAACAAAGAUGACAUCUUACAGGCGAGUAAGAAAAUCUGUGAAGAUGUGCAUGCAGAUUUUUGCAACAUCGGGAAUAUCCUGUUGAAAUUUCAUCAAUGGAGACAGAAGUUUCCUGACUCUUAUUAUGAUGCUUACAUUAGUUUAUGCCUGCCUAAACUUUUAAGCCCAUUAAUCAGAAUUCAGUUAAUAGGCUGGAAUCCUCUUGAGCAGAAUUCCAUAGAUCUGAAUGAGAUGCCCUGGUUCAGAGCGAUAGAAGAAUUUAGCGAUGCCAAAAAUAUGCCACAAUCCAAGAGAAAUGAUGACCCUGAUCAAACAAUUUUGCCUACAAUCACCGAGAAAACUAUUCUUCCUAAAAUUACAGGCUUUGUAGAGCAUGUGUGGGAUCCUUUGUCAACUUCACAAACAGUCAGUCUAGUUCAACUCUGCAAAAAUAUCUUUGAAGAACAUUCCCUUUCCAAAAAUGAAUCCAGUAAAGCAAAACAGGAUCUGGUAAACUCAAUUGUUUCAAGAAUGAAGAAGUCGAUAGAGGAAGAUGUCUUUAUUCCUCUGUAUCCUAAAAGCGCUGUGGAAGACAGAAUAUCGCCACAAUCAAAGUUCCAAGAAAGACAGUUUUGGUCAGCUGUAAAGCUGCUGUCUAAUAUUCUUCUUUGGGAUGGGAUCAUACUAGAAGAUACACUACAGGAGUUAGGACUAGGCAAGCUGCUGAAUCGAUAUCUCCUUCUGAUACUCCUUAAUGCACCACCUGGACCAGAUAAUGUGGAAAAAUGCAACAAGGUAGUUGCAUGUCUCCCAGAAAGAUGGUUCAAAGAGCUUAAAAGCAGAUCAACUCUCCCUCAGUUAGCAAACUUUAGCCAACAUUUGUUGCAAAGUGCACAUACACUGUACAAGAAUAACUGCAGUGAUGAAACAAGAGACCUGAUUCUUCUGUUGGUGAAAGUCAACGCCUUGCAUAUUGCAGAGGAUUUCAUUGAGGAAUAUAAACUGGAACACCUGAAAUCUAUUGUCAGAAAGUAGAAUUCCAGCGAAAGGACUAAAAUAUAAAAUUAAAAAUGCUGUAGCCAUU